UCCCCAAUCCGGUUUCCGGCGGGAGCACUGACCGCCAGACGGAGUGAGGCUUUCCAGAGUGAGGCUUGCUUGCUGCUGGCAAGCCGCCCUACAGUUUCGGAUGGUGCCCGCCAGAAUGCCUCACUUGGAGAACUUGGUGCUCUGUCGGGAGGCCCAAGUGUCCACUUUGCAGUCCUUGUUCGGAGAGAGACAUCAUUUCAGCUUUCCAUCCAUUUUUAUUUACGGACACACUGCCAGUGGGAAGACCUAUGUAACACAAACUUUGCUGAAAACUUUAGAGCUUCCACAUGCCUUCGUGAAUUGUGUUGAAUGCUUUACUUUGAGGCUCCUUUUGGAACAAAUUUUAAACAAGUUGAGUCAUCUUAGUUCUUCAGAGGAGGGAUGUUCUACAGAAAUAACCUGUGAAACAUUUAAUGACUUUGUUCGCUUGUUUAAGCAACUAACCAAAGCUGAAAAUCUCAAGGAUCAGACUGUGUAUAUUGUUCUUGAUAAGGCUGAAUAUUUAAGAGAUAUGGAAGCAAAUCUUUUGCCUGGGUUUCUUAGGUUGCAAGAAUUGACUGACAGAAAUGUGACUGUUAUCUUUCUGAGUGAGAUUAUUUGGGAAAAGUUUCGUCCAAAUACUGGAUGUUUGGAGCCAUUUGUCUUAUAUUUCCCUGAUUAUAGCAUAGGAAACCUUCAAAAGAUCCUGUCCCAUGAUCAUCCUCCUGAGUACUCAGCUGAUUUUUAUGCUGCCUACAUUAAUAUUCUUCUUGGAGUUUUCUAUACUGUUUGUCGAGAUUUGAAAGAGCUUAGACAUCUGGCAGUACUUAAUUUCCCCAAAUAUUGUGAACCUGUGGUUAAAGGAGAAGCAGGUGAACGUGAUACUCGCAAACUGUGGAGAAAUAUUGAACCUCAUUUGAAGAAAGCUAUGCAGACUGUUUAUCUCAGGGAAAUAUCAAGUUCCCAGUGGGAAAAGCUACAGAAAGAUGACACAGACCCAGGACAGCUGAAAGGUCUCUCGGCGUACACUCAUGUGGAACUUCCAUAUUACUCUAAGUUUAUUCUUAUUGCUGCAUACCUUGCCUCAUAUAACCCAGCAAGAACUGACAAGAGGUUCUUCCUUAAGCAUCAUGGAAAAAUAAAGAAAACCAACUUUCUAAAGAAACAUGAAAAGACAAGCAAUCACCUUCUUGGACCAAAAUCAUUUCCAUUAGAUAGAUUAUUAGCAAUAUUAUAUAGUAUUGUGGACAGCAGAGUUGCUCCAACAGCAAAUAUCUUUUCCCAGAUUACCUCUCUAGUAACCCUACAGCUUUUGACCCUGGUUGGCCAUGACGAUCAACUUGACGGACCAAAAUAUAAAUGCAUGGUUUCUUUAGACUUCAUCAGAGCUAUUGCACGGACGGUGAACUUUGACAUAAUAAAAUACUUGUAUGAUUUCUUGUGAAAACAAGCUUCAAAGCCAUAUGGACACUGUGACAAUGACUAAGCCAAGCUGUGUUCAUCCAACUACUUAGCUGGCCAGGGAGAGGAGCUCUUUGGCGCUAUUGGAUUUGUCCAAACAGGUGCUGGCCCAGCAUGGAACCUGAUGAAAAUACUCUGAUUGGUCUGAGUGGAUGUGAGCAGAAGACUAUUUACCAGGGGCCCUGGAGUAUUUGGAAGCAACGUGUUAAUUAUAAACAGCAGGGUUGGAGCACAAUCUGUUCUACUCUUAAUGAUGUUAUCUUAACACUGAAAUUGCCUGAAACCCAUUUACUUAGGACUGUGUUUUGCUCUGUGAACUAUCCCCUGCGCUUUGAACGUGCCAGCAGCCCUUGUUUGUAUGCCCAGCCUUUUCACUUCCUCUCCACAGGAGCCUCUGCAGUUGCUUGCCAAAGCAGAUUUCCUAAGGCCACCAUUUUAGAAGUCCAUCGUUGCAAACUAUAUAAGUUCGUCUUAAAAUCUAAGUGUGUAUCUAUCUGCUUAUCUUUUCUCCUUAAUUUUCUCAAAUACAAGGUGGCCUGCUCAGAUGUAGACCUACUUUCUGUAUCUAGUCCUGUUGGUGUCUUCACAUGCUCUGGAAGGGUUAUCUGGUCACUGUUGUAAUUAACUACCCAACAUGGCUUUUUUAUCAGCAUAUGGUUUUCAUUUCUUUUUUUUUUUCCUUUGAAAGUUCCACAAUAAAUUCUUUUACUCUUAAAUCAGA